CCCAGCGUCAUAGUUUCUCGAAGCACUGAUCAAAUCAAUCAGGAUAGAGGGAAAAGGGACACGGCGGCACACAUCACCCGUCAUCAUCUUUACGGGGCACAGGCUUCCUCUCUGGCUGACCUUGCAACUAAGUUACAGUUCUGUUCUAUUGAAUAUAAGUUAACCAAGAACAAGGAGAAGUCUAAGAUGCCACCGCCAGCGCCACCCCAGGAAUACAUUCCCCCAGAUGGUGGCUGGGGAUGGCCUGUGGUCCUUGGAGCUUUUAUUUCGAUUGGAUUUUCUUAUGCAUUUCCCAAAGCCAUAACUGUGUUCUUUAAGGAGAUUCAGGAGAUCUUUGACUCCUCAUACAGCGAGAUUGCAUGGAUCUCUUCAACGACACUAGCUGUUAUGUAUGCUGGAGGGCCUAUAAGCAGUGUUUUGGUAAACAAGUACGGAUGCCGUCCAGUGAUGAUGUGCGGAGGCCUGCUAUGUUCAAUUGGAAUGAUAGCUGCUUCCUUUUGCAACAGUAUCAUUGGACUUUUUCUUUGCGUAGGCUGCAUCGGAGGACUGGGAUUGGCUUUCAACCUGCAACCAUCCUUAACUAUGAUUGGAAAAUACUUUUACAAGAAGCGCCCCAUUGCCAAUGGGCUCGCUAUGGCUGGUAGCCCAGUGUUCUUGAGUACUCUGGCACCUCUGAAUCAAUACUUAGUUAAUGUAUUUGGUUGGAGAGGCAGUUUCUUUAUCCUAGGAGCAAUAUUGUUGAACUGCUGUGUGGCCGGAUCCUUAAUGAGGCCGCUACAACCCAUAAAAUCCACUGCCAUAAAAGAUGCACAGUUUUCCACUAUAAAGAAAGAUGAGAGCAAAGACGUGGGGGAUGGCCCGUUGCAGAAAAAGAAGAAGAGAUUAACAUUCUUUGAAGUACUUAAUAAUUAUCUAGAUCUCAGCCUCUUCAAACAUCGGGGAUUUCUGAUCUACUUGUCAGGAAACGUCAUUAUGUUUUUUGGCUUCUUUGCCCCUAUUGUGUUUUUGGCUCCUUAUGCCAAGCACAUGGGCAUAGAUGAAUAUUCCGCAGCGUUCCUGCUCUCCAUUCUAGCUUUUAUAGAUAUGUUCGCAAGACCCAGCAUGGGGCUCCUUGCAAACUCUAAAUGGGUGAGGCCAAAGAUCCAGUAUUUCUUUAGCUUUGCUGUCUUCUACAAUGGCUUCUGUCACGUUAUGUGCCCAUUGGCAAGCAGCUUUACAGGCCUGGUAGUCUAUACCGUUUUCUUCGGCUUUGCCUUUGGAAUGGUGAGUGCUGUUCUCUUCGAAACGCUGAUGGACCUGGUUGGCGCCAAGAGGUUCUCCAGUGCAGUGGGACUCGUCACCAUCGUAGAGUGUUGCCCAGUCCUUGUGGGGCCACCACUGGCAGGACUAUUGGUGGACAUAACUCAAGAUUACAGGUACAUGUACGUUGUGUGUGGAAGCAUUGUGAUACUAGCGAGUAUCUAUUUAUUCAUUGCAAAUGCAAUCAACUACCGGCUCCUGGAGAAGGAGAAGAGAAUGGAAGAGGCCAACAUGAAGGCACCACCAAAUGAUGCAGAACUAAAUGAUAUCUGUGAUAAUGGCACUGAUGAUGUUGAAGUUAAUCCCCAGAUGCUGUUGGGAAUUUCUUCUGAGAAGGAAACUGAUAUUUAACACCACAUGCUGCCCUGAUUUUGUUCCCAGUUUGCACUUGGAAUUGAGUGCCAGAGUUUUAAUUUCACUUCAGAAUAUAGAUAUGUCAAACCCCAGAUAGAUAUCCAGUUUUCCAACAGGGGUAAGUAUUUUCAGUUGCAUAAACAUGGUGUCAUACAUUAAACCUUUUGUUCCUAAGGGGUAACCCUUUGAGUAUCACUUAUUACCCUACUUUAUAAUUCUUCUGGGAGAAGUCACAGAUGAUUCUGCUUUUGCCCUGCAUUGUUAAUUGAAUAUAUCCUUAUUUAGCAGGAUGCAGAAGAAUGAUGAAUUCAUAAUGAUUAAAAUGCAGAACAUACUCCUUCAACUUUUUCUGUCCCAAAUGUUCACCUCUGUGACCUGCCAUUAUGCAGACAUGUUAAAUCCAGAUCUUAAUUGUUGCCACUAAACAUUUUUAAAAGUAUGCCAGCAAAACAAAUGGAGCCUGUAAUUUGUUCCUGAUUGACCUCAAUUUUUUUACCAUGCACAACUUUUAAAAAAUGUUAUAAACAGUCUAAGAUACCUGUGCUAAGAACUACCUUAGUUAAAAUAUUAAGGCACUGCUACAGCAGAAUCAAGACUGCAUGCAAAAGAAUCAGUAAUUAUAAACUUUGUUCAGAAGAGGGCACUAGACUAAGAAUAAUUGAAGAUGAGCCCCUGUUCUUUCUCAUGAAGAGAUAACCCUUCCUAAUAAAGUCUCGAUAGACUUGAACCCAACCUUUCAUUAAGUUUGACUUUCAAGAAACCUAAUGAAGAGCGAAAAGGCCUUGCCUUUACUGUUCUUUUGUUUUGUGAUUAAAUAGAUUAAAGUCUAGUAAACGAGCUAAAUUAAGCUCUGCCACUCAAAAAGAUUUUAACUAGGUAUAAGAGAGAGCUUGAGGGACAGGGGCCCUUAAGCCAAGAUUUUCUAAUCAAUGUUGUUUUAACACUGGCGGUAACCUCUUUAAUUUUAAAAUAAUGCCAAUCAGAAAAUCUAGGCUCGAGUAUUCAUCUGAAAAUGAAAUCAAUGUUGAAAUACUCUAGAGUUUAAAGCUCUGAAGUGAAAUGAAGUUCGGCCAAUUCUUAGUGACAGUCAGCCCACAGCAUCACACUGCCUCAUGUUUUGUCACCAAGUGACACUGUCAAACUUUGAUAAUUGCUCCUGUGAAGCGCCUUGAGGUGUUUUUCUACAUUAAAGGGGCUAUAUAAAUGCAAGUUGUUGGUGUUAUAAAUUGGCAGUGUCACUCAAACUACAGGAUGGCUAGUAUCAAAUAGAUAAACAGCAUUGGCACAUUCUUGGAAGAGAUUGGCACAUUAUUCGCUGUUUGGUGCUGGGGCAUUUAACUGGGGCAGAGUGAAGUGAGCUUUAAAAUCCAAUUACUGGCACCAUUUCUGAUCUGGAGGUGCUAAUUGAAGGCACUGGGUGCCUGAGUGUUAAAAUAUUCCAUUACCUUGCACCAAAGCUUCUCUUUACCUUAUGUCACUCAGGAAAAGCCUUAGCGCUUUCUUGAAGACAUUUUGUACAACAAUUCUAUUAAAUCAGGUUGGUGCCAUGAGUUUUGAUUUUAAGGAAGCUUUUCAAUUUGUAUUUAAAUGGUUCUAUUAUAUUUUCAAGAUACAGGACAGAAUUUUAUGGUGCAACUGUUUUUACUUUUUUAAUAAAAAUCUAUCGUAUAAUAAAGUCCGCAUUCUAAGCAAGUAAAUGGAGUAAGUGAAAGCCUUAGCAUCGAGUAAACUCAGCUCAUACCACGUUGGCAUAAAGAAUUGCAAGUGAGCAACUUGGUACAGCUCUGUUGAUUUUCGCUGCUUCUCAGUGGGGAAGUGUCUAUCAUUCCCAGCCUCUCCUUACAGCAA